CCGUCCUAGCUCAACCACAGAUGGUGCGGUCCAUCCAAGAACUAACCAAUAGCAUCAAGCGUUAUUAUCACACAGCGAGAAAAAACCUGACAGUCGCCAUGAUGCUUGUUUGCUCCUUGUGAUAUAGCAGCGGAAACGAGAAAAGUAGAAACAAAAGAGAGCACGCAUUCGUCCUCGCGAUACAGAUUGGUAUGCUUUUGCAGUGUUACAGCAGGAAUGCCCAAGGAAAAAUAUGAACCGCCAGACCCCAGGCGGAUGUACACCAUCAUGUCAACUGAGGAGGCAGCCAAUGGAAAGAAGUCUUACUGGGCUGAGCUGGAAAUCACAGGUAAUGUCAGGAGCCUGAGCCCAUCUCUGUGGACUCUGACCCACCUCACUGCCCUACAUAUCGCUGACAACUGUCUGUCACGUAUCCCGCCCGACAUUGCCAAACUACACAACCUGUUGUACCUGGAUCUGUCGUCCAAUAAGAUCAGGAGCCUGCCGGCAGAGCUCGGCAACAUGGUGUCUCUCAGGGAGCUGCUUUUAAAUAACAACCAGUUACGGGUUCUGCCAUUCGAAUUGGGAAAACUGUUUCAGUUACAAACACUGGGGUUGAAAGGAAACCCACUUGCACAAGAAAUCACGAGCCUGUACCAGGAGCAUGAUGGCACGAGGAAACUGCUCAACUACCUGCUGGACAAUCUGGCAGGUUCAAUCAAACGCACCCCCGCGGAGCAGCCCCCGUCCCGGUCGUGGAUCGCACUCCAGGAGCCGGACCAGACGAGGCCUUCUGCAUUGUUCUCAGUGAUGUGCUACAACGUGCUGUGUGAUAAGUACGCCACGCGCCAGCUCUACGGCUACUGCCCCUCCUGGGCCCUCAACUGGGAGUACAGGAAGAAGUCCAUCAUGCAGGAGAUCAUGAACUGCAGCGCUGACAUCAUCAGCCUACAGGAAGUGGAGACUGAGCAGUACUACCAGUAUUUCCUGCCAGAGCUGAAGGAGCAGGGCUAUGAGGGCUUCUUCAGCCCCAAGUCUCGAGCCAGAACCAUGCAUGAGUCAGACCGCAAACAUGUGGACGGGUGUGCAGUUUUCUACAGGACAGAAAAGUUCGGUGUGGUGCAGAAACACACAGUGGAGUUUAACCAGCUUGCCAUGGCUAACUCUGAGGGCUCUGAGGCCAUGCUCAACAGGGUCAUGACCAAGGACAACAUCGGAGUGGCCGUACUGCUGGAGGUCCGAAAGGAAAUGAUGGAGGAAUCCUCGGGGAAGUCUCUGCAUGGCAUGGAGAAACAGCUCCUCCUGGUGGCUAAUGCUCACAUGCACUGGGACCCAGAGUACUCCGACGUCAAGCUGGUCCAGACCAUGAUGUUCCUGUCUGAGGUGAAGAACAUUGUGGACAAGGCCACGCGCAGCCUCAAACUAUCCUCUGUCUCUGGGGAGACCAACGGCAUCCCUUUGGUGCUCUGUGCUGACCUGAACUCUCUACCAGACUCUGGCGUGGUGGAGUACCUGAGUCAGGGUGGAGUGGACUGCACCCACAAGGACUUCAAGGAGCUUCGCUACCUGGACAGCCUCACCAACUUCAAUUGCAAUGGCAAGAACGGCAACUCCACAUCCAACUCCAGGAUCACCCACGGCUUCAAGCUGAAGAGCGCCUACGAGGACAGCCUGAUGCCUUACACCAACUACACCUUUGACUUCAAGGGUGUGAUUGACUACAUCUUCUACUCCAAGCCUCAGAUCAACGUGCUGGGCAUCCUGGGUCCCCUGGACUCCAACUGGCUCCAUGAGAACAAUAUCAGCGGCUGCCCGCACCCCCACAUCCCCUCUGACCACUUUUCCCUGUUCGCCCAGCUGGAGCUGCUGCUGCCCAGCACUCUGCCCCAGGUCCAGGCCAACAACCAGGUCAACGGCAUCCACCUGCCUGGCGGACGCAGGUAGUGGUGAGACAAACCCACUCCACACGGGGCGCUGUAUGCUACAGCAGUAUGCUACAGCAGUGUGCAACCUCUAGCCCUCCAGCGCUUCUCUCGUUUUCACUCCGAGGAAGGAAGACAAGAGGGAAUACACAACCAACCUGUAAAAUAGGAAUCAGGCGUACAGUGAGGUCUGGCCGACAGGGAUUUCUGUUAUAUAUUUUUUCCAUUUGUUUUCAUUUUGAAAAUGUCAAUUCUGUCUGUGUAUAUUAUCUUGUGUUUUGGAUUCCUACCCCCCCAACCCUUCACCCGGUCAUCUUACCCAUAAUGCUUUUUGGAACUCUUUAACAGAUAGAAAGGAUGGUAGCUUCGAAUAUCACAAUAUCCCUUCUGGCCCCGUAUAGAUAUUUAUGUCUUUAGCAAUAUCACCUGACUCUUGUUGUCUUUGACAUGACCUGUGCAGUCUUGAACAAUGGCACAAGAAAUACCUUGUAUCACUCGAGCUUUGGACACCCUUCACAAGGCAAGAAGGCAAAAGG